AUGCUCGCCGGGUCCGCGUCCCUCAGGGCCUCGGCCUCCGCGGUGGCCGAAGCGGGCGGCGACCCAGCCGUUCUCCACGCGGUCCUCGUCAAGACCGCCUGGCCCUCCCGCGCCGCCUACAACCUCCUUCUCUCCCGCUAUCCUCCGUCGCUCUCGCUGCCCCUGCUCUCCCGCCUCCCGUUCCGCCCCACCGCCGCCUCGCUCACCUCCUCGCUCUCCUCCCUCUCCGCGUCCUCCCCGGCCUCCGCGCUCCCGCUCCUACGCCGCGUCCUCGGCAUGUCCUCGGCCCUCCUUGCCGACGGCCCGCUCUCCUCACUCCUCCGCUCCAUGCCGCCGUCCCUCGCACCGCUCGUGCACGGCCUCGCCUUCAAGCUCGCCCUCUCCUCGUCUCCCUAUUCCGCCUCGUGCCUUAUUACCCUAUACUCCCGAGCCCGCUCCCCCGCGUCCGCCCGCCACCUGUUCGAUGAAAUCCCCGUUGCAAAUCGUGACCCCGUCUGCUACUCUUCCACGAUUGUUGGGCUCGCACAGAACGGGCGGUACGAAGAAUCUCUCUGUGUGUUCGCUGGUAUGCGCACAAAUGCUGUUGAUUCUACCAUGUAUGCACUGUCCGGUGCUCUCCGUGCCACUGCAGGGCUUGCUGUGCUGGAGCAGACCUGUGGGAUUCAUGCGCAUGCGGUGGUGGUUGGGCUUGAUGGAAAUGUGGCUGUUGGGACCGCCCUGGUGGAUGCUUAUGGUAAGGCUGGAGUUGUGGAUGAUGCAGUGAAGGUUUUUGAGGGGUUGGGCGGUGACCGGAACCUGAUCACAUGGAAUGCGGUGCUGUCUGCUCACGCUCAGCAGGGAGAUGUGCAAGCGGUCAUUGGGCUGUUUAACCAGAUGAUGGAGCUGGGUUUUGCUCCUGAUGGGCUAACAUUCCUUGCUGUUCUCACGGCAUGUAGUAAUGCCGGAGCAGCCACUGAAGCUGAGUUUUGGUUGGAAGCAAUGCAGUCGAAGUACAGUGUGAAGCCUGGACUUGAGCAUUAUACUUGCGUGGUGGGUGCAAUGGCACGGGUGGGACGUCUAGAGGAUGCAGAGAGUGUUGCUUGUACAAUGCCAUGCAAACCAGAUGCAGCAGUGUGGCGGACGCUUCUAAUGGGCUGUGUGGUUCACCGCAAGGUUGACAUGGCAGAAUCCAUGGGGCAGAGGCUUCUGGAGAUUAAUCCCAAGGAUGACUCAACUUAUGUCAUGCUUGCCAACGUCUACUCAGCAGCUGGGAAAAAGAAUGAGGAGGCCAAGGCAUGGACUGCAAUGAGGGAUCGUGGAGUCAGGAAGGAAGGUGGCCGGAGUUGGAUUGAGGUCAGAGGGAUGGUACAUGUGUUUGUUGCAAACGAAAGAAGGCAUGAACAGCUGCUAGAGAUAUAUGACAAGCUGAAUGAAUUGAUUCAAGAGGUAGAGAAGUUAGGGUACAAGGAGGCAGAUGAGGGUUUUUGGCAUCAUAGUGAAAGAUUGGCCCUUGCAUAUGGGUUGAUCAGUGGUGCUGCACCAUCAGGAAAGGUGUUGAGAAUAGUUAAGAACUUGAGAAUAUGUGCCCAUUGUCAUGAAUUCUUCAAGUAUGCUAGCAUGGUGAUCGACAGAGUAAUUGUAGUACGGGAUGUCAAUAGGUACCACACAAUUAAGAAAGGUGAUUGCAGUUGCAGAGACUACUGGUGA